GGCCUGAGGUUUCAGUGAGGGGAGCAACAGGCUGGCUGGUGACAAGGGGCAAAGGCUUGAGAAAUAGAGAGAGGGGGAAAAGAUUAAAAAUACCAACAACAACACGACCAAGUGAAGAAGGGCAGCUGAGGACAGCAGGAAGUCAAUGUUAGAUAAAGGGAGUCAUAGGGAGAUAAGGAAAGAGAGCGAGGCUGAGAUUAAAGAUCUGCAGGUGGAAGUCUGUCACCUUUGAACCACUGGAGGAGGCACGCUGAGGCUGAGAAUUAAGACUCUGACAGAGACCAAGAAGACAGCCAUGUUUUCAGCCAGACCAGAGAUCCAGCCGUAAAAGACAAGAGGCGGUCGCCCCCCUCCAACAGAUCCCCCUCUGCCCCACAACGAAACCCUCACCACAGCGGCUCCACAGAGGAACAGGAGAGCCCUGAGAGAGUGGUGCAGAAGGAGAAACUUCAUGCAGAGCUGAAACAGGUGUUGAGUCAGAAGAGAAGUCAUCUGAGAGAGUCGACCUGCCAACUGGCCGAACCAGAGAUGGACUCAGAGCCCACAGACGAACAGACAUGGGUGGAGGAAGCCAGUAAGUCCAUGGAAAUAGUGGUGGAGACGGAGGCAGAAGCUGGAGCCAGCGGCUACAGUGUGACUGGUGGAGGACAGCAAGGGAUCUUUGUUAAAGACGUGCUCAGAGACUCACCAGCUGCUAAACAUCUCAGUCUACAGGAAGGUGACCAGCUGCUGAGUGCCAAGGUCUACUUCGACAAUGUGAAGUAUGAAGAUGCUCUGAAGAUCCUUCAAUGUGCAGAGCCAUAUAAGGUCAGCUUCCAGCUGAAGAGGACCAUCCCCGGAGCAGAGGUCUGUGUGCGGCCUCGAGUUCCCAGCGUUGAGGUCAAAGGUCCCAAGGCCAAGAUGGCCAAAAUGAGUGUGAAGGGCAGCAAGCCGUUCAAGGCCAAGAAGAAGAGAGGUGGUCGUUUUGGUCUGAAGAGGCUGAAGGAGAAGCGCAGAGAGGAGCUUGUGAUAGAGGGAACACCCCCCAGGCUGGAGAUGAGUGAUGUAGAUGUGGAGUUUUCUCUCCCCAAAUUCAAACAGAGGAGGAGUGCGAAGGUUGAAGCAGAAGGAGCCGGAGGCACUGCAAUCGUGGGAAAGGCAAAGAGGAGGAUCAGGUUUCCCCACAUAAAAACAAAGGGGUACACUGGAGAGGACACAGGAGGAAAAGUGGUUGGAGGACAACUCGAGGGACAGGUGAAUAUCUCACCACCGGAGAUACCUGAGGCUAAACUGAAAACCAAAGGAAAAGGACACAAGUUUGGAAUCACCUUUCCUAAGACCAAACAUACAAAGUCAGGGUCAGCUUUGGAAACUGGAUCUGUGGAGCUGAAGCCUCCAGGUGUGAACAUCCAGCCACCAUCAGUGGAGUUCAGUUUGUGUGGUGAUAAAAACGUAGACGUGGAGAAGGGAGGCGUUAAGCUUAAUGCACCUGAUGUGGAGUUUGCACUCCCCUCAGGAAAAUCUGAGGCAUCUUUGCCCCAUGGAAAGACAGAAAUCAAAGCUCCUAAACUCAACAUCAAAGCAGGAGCUGAUGCAGAGGCGGCUGUUGAAAAAGGUGACGUAGACGUAGGCAAAGGAGAUGCAAGGUUAAGAAUGCCAAAGUUGAAACUGCCCAAAGUUAGACUUUCUCGUCAUUCUGAUGAGAUAGAUGGUGACAUCAAAGUGAAAGCACCUCCAAAAGUAGAAAUUAAAGAUGCUGAUAAGAUUAGUCUCCCUGAGGCAAAUAUCACCAAACCAAAGAUGGAUGUUGAUCUCUCAGGAAAAGCUGCAUCUAUACAAAAGCCUUCUGUUGAUAUUUCUUUACCAAAAGUGAAGGGAAAGUCCGACAUCAACGUCUCACUCCCAGAGUGCGAAGGAACUGGAAAGACAGUGAUCAAAAUGUCUGCUGUUGACAUCUCUGUGCCUGAUGUUGAUUUGGAGUUGGACACCAGACACAGAAUUCCUGAUGAGAUAGAGGGCACUUUUAAAGGGCCAAAAAUCUCCAUGCCAAAGGUCGACAUCUCGUUGCCAAAGAUGGGAUCUUCCAGUGUGGACAUUAAAGGUCCAGAAGGUGGAGGGAAUAUCAGUCUACCUUCUCUUGAUAUCACUCUUCCGGAGGGGAAAACAGACAGUGGAGAUGUUGAUAUGGACUACUAUGUUGGUGGAGAUGGGAAGUUCAAAAUGCCUGAGUUUGACAUUUCUCCUCCAAAAAUUAAGCCACAAGUAGGAGAAGUAAAUAUAAAAGGAGAAGGCAUCAAGUUACCCAAAGUAGACCUAACACUUCCCACAGGCAAAGCAGGAACAACUGAAAUUGAAGGAGGUGGAAAAUUUCAAUUACCAUCAUUUGACAUCUCUCUCCCUAAAAUGAAGACAGGUGAGAUGAAGGCUGACACUGAAGGCCCCGAGGUGAAAGGUGGUAAAUUUGAAAUGCCCACACUCGACAUUUCUCUGCCCAAAGGAAAAAUAGAAGGAGACACUGACGUAGAAGGGCCUGCUGGGAGGGGAGGAACUGUCAAAAUGCCUACCUUUGAUGUUUCUCUACCAAAGUUGAAACAACCAGAGGGUCACAUGAAAAUAGAGACACCCAAGCUUGAGGGUGGAGGUGAGAUCCAGAUGCCCUCUCUUGAUAUAUUGAUGCCAAAAGGAAAGAUGGAGAGUAACAUUGAAAUAGAGGGUCCAUCUGCAAAAGGAGGGAAGUUAAAAAUGCCCUCAUUCGAUGUCAGACUCCCUAAGAUGGAGACAUCUGGGGCUAAGGUUGACUUACAUGGACCUGAGAUGAAAGGAGGAAAAAUUGAGAUGCCAUCAGCAGACAUUUCUCUACAAAAAGGUAAAUGCAAGGGUGAAGUUGACUUCAAGGGAGAAGGAAGCACGUUUAAAAUGCCAUCAUACAAUAUAACUCUUCCAAAAAUGAAGUCACCUGAGGGAGAGGUUGUUUUGGAAGGACCUGAAGUAAAGGGCGGAAAGAUCAAGAUGCCUAGUGUCGAUUUCUGUGUUCCCCAAGGAAAUGUUGAGGGAAAUUUGAACAUUGGUGGCAGUGACUUAAAAGGAGACAAAUUCAACAUGCCCUCUUUAGACAUUUCUCUCCCAAACAUGAGGACACCUGAAGGAGACAUGAAGCUAGAAUGCCCCAAACUUCCAACUGUUGAGUUUUCACUCCCAAAGGCAAACAUAGAGGGCAACAUGGAGCUUGACGGUAGUGGUGGUAGUGGGACCAAGUUCAAGAAGCCAACUUUUGACAUCUCACUCCCAAGGAUGAAAACCAAGGAGGGACAGCUUGAUAUUGAAGGACCUGAAGUGAAAGGGGAAGCAAAGUUCAGCAUGCCCUCUUUAGAUGUGUCACUACCAAAGAUCAAAUCACAGGGAGGUGAAAUCGACAUUGAAGGUCCUGAUUUUAAGGUUAAUACACCAGAGGCAGAUUUAGAUCUAAAGGGAAGUGAGAUAAAAGGAGGGAAAAUAAAGAUGCCUACAUUUGAUGUGUCACUACCAAAGACAAAGAUGCCUGAGGGAAAUAUUGGCCUUCAGGGACCCUCAGUUGCUCUCCCAAAAAUAAAAUCAAAGCGAGGUGAUAUCAACAUUAAGGGGCCAGAAAUUAAAUUGCCAACUAUUGACAUAUCACCCCCCCAAGGAAAAUUAGAGGGGGAAAUCACUGUCGAGCGUGAAGGAAAAGGAGGCGAAUUUAGCCUUCCAUCUGUAGACAUUGACCUCCCUACAGUUAAAUUCCCUGAAGGAGAUGUGAAUUUUCAAGGGCCAAAAGUUAAAGGUUCAAAAUUUGAAAUGCCAAAAGUCGACCUCUCACUUCCUAAAGGAAAAGUACAGGGAGACAUUGAUAUUGACAUUCACUCUGGAAAAGAUGGGAAUAUAGAAAUAUCAUCCUAUGAUAUUGGACUUCCUAAAGGAAAAUUCACAGGCCCUGAACUUAAGGGAGGAAAAAUCAACAUGCCAGACGCUGACCUGUCACUUCCAAAAGGAAAGGCUGAUGCUGACAUCAGUAUUGAGGGUCCUGAGAUAAAAGGAGGUAAAUUCAAAAUGCCCAAAUUUGACGUUUCACUUCCAAAGAUGAACCUGCCAGAGGGCAAUGCCAAAGUGGAAGGACCAGAAAUAAAAGGAAAAAUGGAAAUGCCGACAGUUGAUAUUUCACUUCCAAAAGGAAAAAUAAAGGGAGAUGUUGAUAUUCAAGGACCUAAAGUCAAAGCUGACAUGUCACUCCCUAAAAUUAAGUCUCCAGAGGUAGAUAUCAGCCUCAAGGAUACUGAUGUUAAAGGAGGACAGUUUAACUUGCCAACUGUUGACAUUUCACUACCCAAAGGAAAAAUUAGGGGUGACCUUGAUCUUGAGGGUCCUGAGUUGAAAGGGGGUACAUUUGAAAUGCCAAAAUUUGAUGUGUCUUUACCGCAAGUGAGUCUACCAGAAGGUGAUGUCAAAAUAAAAGGCCCAGAAAUCAAGGGAGGGAAGACUGAAAUGCCAGACAUUGAUAUCUCACUCCCCAAAGGAAAAGCAAGAGGAGAAUUUAAAACUGAAGGACAUGCUGGCAAAGGAGGAAAGUUCCAUAUGCCCUCUGUUGAUAUCUCUCUUCCUAAAAUGAAAGCUAAGGGACCAGAGAUCAAUAUAAAAGGCCCUGAACUUAAGGGAGGAAGAAUCAACAUGCCAGACAUUGACCUGUCGCUCCCCAAAGGAAAGGCUGAUGCUGACGUAAAUAUUGAGGGUCCUGAUAUUAAAGGAGGCAAAUUCAAAAUGCCCACAUUUGAUGUUUCACUUCCAAAGAUGAACCUGCCAGAGGGCAAUGUAGAAAUGCCAAAAGUAGAUAUUUCACUCCCAAAAGAAAAGGUAAAGGGAGAUUUUAACAUUGAGGGACAUGUGGGUAAGGGAGGCAAGUUUAACAUGCCCUCGGUUGAUAUUUCUCUUCCUAAAAUAAAAGCAAAGGGAAUUGAUGUUAAUACUGAAGGACCUGAACUUGGAGGUGACAUUUCACUCCCAAAAGGAAAAGUUGAGGGUGACCUCAAUGUCGAGGGUCCAGAGGUGCAAGGAGGGGAAUUUAAAAUGCCAAAAUUUGAUGUCUCAUUGCCAAAAGUGAAUCUCCCAGAGGGCAAUGUCAAAAUAAAAGGUCCAGACAUCAAGGGAGGAAAAAUUGAUAUGCCAGACAUUGAUAUUUCACUCCCCAAAGGAAAAGCAAAAGGUGAAAUUGCAAUUGAAGGACAUUCUGGCAAAGGAGGCAAGUUUCAUUUGCCCUCUCUUGAUAUAUCUCUUCCUAAAAUAAAAACAAAGGGACCAGAGAUAAAUCUUGAAGGCCCUGAAGUUACAGGAGGAAAACUAAACAUGCCUUCACUUGAUGCUUCUCUUCCCAAAAUAAAAUCUCCAAAUGUAGAUAUCAGCCUUGAGGGUCCUGAUGUUAAAGGAGGACAGGUCAAAAUCCCAGCUGCUGAUGUUUCACUUCCUAAAGGAAAAGUCGAGGGUGACAUAAAUGUUGAAGGCCCAGAGAUGAAAGGAGGCAAAUUCAAAAUGCCCAAAUUUAAUGUUUCACUUCCAAAGAUGAACCUACCGGAAGGCAAUGUGGAAAUGCCAACAGCUGAUAUUUCACUCCCAGAAGGAAAGGUGAAGGGGGAUGUUGACACUGAGGGACAUGUGGGUAAAGGAGGCAGGUUUCACAUGCCCUCGGUUGAUAUUUCUCUUCCUAAAAUUAAAGCAAAAGGAGUUGAUGUUGAUAUUGAAGGACCUGAACUUGAAGGUGACAUUUCACUCCCCAAAGGAAAAGUUGAGGGUGACAUUGAUGUCGAGAGUCCUGAGGUGAAGGGAGGUAAAUUUAAAAUGCCAAAAUUUGAUGUCUCAUUGCCAAGAGUGAAUCUCUCGGAGGGUGAUGUCACAAUAAAAGGCCCAGAUAUCAAGGCAGGGAAAAUUGAAAUGCCAGACAUUGAUACUUCACUCCCUAAAGGAAAAGCAGGAGGAGAAAUUGAAAUUGGGGGACAUGCUGACAAGGAAGGCAAGUUCAGUAUGCCAUCUGUUGAUAUCUCUCUUCCUAAAAUGAAAGCUGGGGAACCUGAGAUAAAUCUUGAGGGACCUGAAGUUACAGGAGGAAAACUAAACAUGCCAUCACUUGAUGUUUCUUUGACUAAAAUAAAAUCUCCCGACAUAGAUAUCAGCCUCAAGGGCCCUGAUUUCAAAGGAGGAAAGGCCAACAUCCCAACUGUUGAUAUUUCAAUUCCUAAAGGAAAUGUUGAGGGUGACAUAAAUGUUGAAGGCCCUGAGGUAAAAGGAGGAAAAUUCAAGAUGCCCAAAUUUGAUGUUUCUUUACCAAAAGUGAGUCUCCCAAAGGUUGAUGCCAAUGUGGAAGGACCACAUAUGAAAGGAAAACUUGAAAUGCCAGCUGUUAAUAUUGCACUUCCAAAAGGAAAAGCAGAUGUGGAUAUUGACAUUGAUGGGCAUGGUAGUAAGGAAGGGAAGUUUCACAUGCCCUCACUUGAUAUAUCUCUUCCUAAAAUCAAAGCAAAGGGGGCUGAUGUUGAUAUUCAAGGACCUGAAGUAAAAGGUGACAUGUCACUCCCUAAAAUUAAGUCUCCAGAGGUAGAUAUCAACCUCGAGGGUCCUAACAUUGACAUUUCACUCCCCAAAGGAAAAGCAGGAGAAAUUGAAAUUGAAGGACAUGCUGGCAAAGGAGGAAAGUUCCAUAUGCCAUCUGUUGAUAUCUCUCUUCCUAAAAUGAAAGCUAAGGGACCAGAGGUCAAUAUAAAAGGCCCUGAACUUAAGGGAGGAAGAAUCAACAUGCCAGACAUUGACCUGUCACUCCCCAAAGGAAAGGCUGAUGCUGACCUAAAUACUGAGGGUCCUGAGGUGAAAGGAGGUAAAUUCAAAAUGCCAAAAUUUGACGUUUCACUUCCAAAGAUGAAUCUGCCAGAGGGAAAUGUCAAAGUGGAAGGAGCAGAGAUGAAGGGAGGAAAAAUUGCAAUGCCAACUGUUGAUGUUUCAGUGCCAGAGGGAAAAGUGGAGGGAGAUAUCAAUAUUGAAGGACUACCUGGAAAGGGAAAGUUUGCUGUGCCAAAGGUUGACUUAACAGGUAAAAAAGGUGGUCUCCACAUGCCAACUCUUGACAUAGAUCUCCCCAAAUUUGAUCUUGAUCUCAGCCUUCCUACUGGUCUGACAGACAAAAGCCUCAAGGUUGACACCAGUGCUCCUGAAGCAUCAGGGGAUUUGAAGAUGCCUGGUCUUAAAGGAGAUAUUAAUCCAGCCAAGUUGAAAGUUAGGGGUGCAGACAUCGAGACAAGUGGGGUAGAAGGUCCAGGUGCAUCCCUUAAACUUCCCACUGUCAAAUUACCAACAGUUGACAUCUCAGCUCCAAAGGUGGACCUAGACUUUGGCCUUGCCAAACCUAGAGGUGACGAAGUGGAAGUGGAGCUUCUGAAAGCAGAAGGAGGUAGGCCUUCUUCAGGGGGCAGCUUUGAUCUUCCUGAUGUCUCCCUCAAAGUCCCCAGUUUCUCUCUUCCAAGGUUUGGUGGAAAGUCCAAGAGUGGUGAUCUGGCAAUAUCUGGCCCCAAGGGAGAGGUUUCCCUCAGUCCACCACAUGUGGAAGGGGAGAUAAGAGCACCAUCAGUAGAGUUUGAUGGGGAUGGAAAAGUCAAGGUGAAAAAACCUAAACUCAAAAUGCCUUCAUUUGGUAUAUCCAAAAAGCAUGCAGAUGUAUCCGUGUCUUGCCCUGAUGUGGAUGUUAAAGUGAAAAAGGAGAAAAUUGACAUUUCUAAGCCAGAGAUCAAUGUUGAGAGCCAGUAUGACAAACCAAAAUACAAAGUGAAAUUUCCCAAGUUUAAAAUGUCAUCACCAAAAGGUCACCUCCCAGAAGGAGAGGUUAAUGCUAAACUCGAGGCAGAUGUGGAAGGGCAAGGGGGCUUCCACGCACCUGAUGUCACUAUCAAACUACCAAGAUUCUCCAUGCCAGGAUUUGGCUCUAAGGAAAAAGAUUUUGUAAAGCCAAGUGGUCAUCUUGAAUCUAAGGCCAAGGUCAAGAUGCCCUCUGUUGAGCUGUCACUACCAACAGCUAAAACACCAGAGACUGAGGUUCUUCUUCCCAAAGCAGAAGUUGAUGUCUCAGAGGCUGAUAUCAGAGGUUAUGAGGGAAAUCUCAAAAUUCCCAAAAUGCCAACAAUUGAUGUUUCCAUUCCCAAAAUAGACCUGGAUGUGUCCCUGCCAAAUGUAAAGCAUGAUGUAAAGGUUGAUGGACAAGGAGGCAAAUUCAAGAUGCCAGACAUCAAGAUGCCUGACAUUGACUUGUCCCUUCCUACAGGAAAAACAAGUGCAACUAGAGAUGUUGACAUCUCUAUGCCCAAAGGAAAGACUGAGGGUCCAGAGGUGGAGCUCAAAGGAGAAGGUGGAAAAUUCAAGAUGCCACAUCUCAGCAUGCCCUCUGUUGAUAUUUCACUUCCAAAAGGAAAGAUCGAAGGUCCAGACGUUGAAAUGGAGGGAGGUACAGGAGGAAAAUUCAAAAUGCCUCACAUGAAAAUGCCAGAUGUUGACAUCUCUCUGCCCAAAGGAAAGAUGGAAGGUCCAGAUAUUGAAAUAGAGGGAGGUACAGGAGGAAAAUUCAAAAUGCCUCACAUGAAAAUGCCCAACAUUGAUAUCUCUCUGCCCAAAGGAAAGACUGAAGGUCCAGAUGUUGACAUCUCUCUGCCCAAAGGAAAGAUUGAGGGUCCAGAGGUGGAGCUCAAAGGAGAAGGUGGAAAAUUCAAGAUGCCACAUCUCAGCAUGCCCUCUGUUGAUAUCUCACUUCCAAAAGGAAAGAUUGAAGGUCCAGACGUUGAAAUGGAGGGAGGUACAGGAGGAAAAUUCAAAAUGCCUCACAUGAAAAUGCCAGAUGUUGACAUCUCUCUGCCCAAAGGAAAGAUGGAAGGUCCAGAUAUUGAAAUAGAGGGAGGUACAGGAGGAAAAUUCAAAAUGCCUCACAUGAAAAUGCCCAACAUUGAUAUCUCUCUGCCCAAAGGAAAGACUGAAGGUCCAGAUGUUGACAUCUCUCUGCCCAAAGGAAAGAUUGAGGGUCCAGAGGUGGAGCUCAAAGGAGAAGGUGGAAAAUUCAAGAUGCCACAUCUCAGCAUGCCCUCUGUUGAUAUCUCACUUCCAAAAGGAAAGAUUGAAGGUCCAGCUGUUGAGAUGGAGGGAAGUAGUGGAGGAAAAUUCAAAAUGCCUCACAUGAAAAUGCCCAACAUUGACCUUUCUCUGCCCAAAGGAAAGAUGGAAGGUCCAGAUGUUGACAUCUCUCUACCAAAAGGAAAGAUUGAGGGUCCAGAGGUGGAGCUCAAAGGAGAAGGUGGAAAAUUCAAGAUGCCACAUCUCAGCAUGCCUUCUGUUGAUAUCUCACUUCCAAAAGGAAAGAUUGAAGGUCCAGCUGUUGAGAUGGAGGGAAGUAGUGGAGGAAAAUUCAAAAUGCCUCACAUGAAAAUGCCCAACAUUGACCUUUCUCUGCCCAAAGGAAAGAUGGAAGGUCCAGAUGUUGACAUCUCUCUACCAAAAGGAAAGAUUGAGGGUCCAGAGGUGGAGCUCAAAGGAGAAGGUGGAAAAUUCAAGAUGCCACAUCUCAGCAUGCCCUCUGUUGAUAUUUCACUUCCAAAAGGAAAGAUGGAAGGUCCAGAUGUUGAGAUGGAGGGAGGUACAGGAGGAAAAUUCAAAAUGCCUCACAUGAAAAUGCCCAACAUUGACCUUUCUCUGCCCAAAAGUAAAGUGGAAGGUCCAGAUGUUGACAUCUCUCUACCAAAAGGAAAGAUUGAAGGUCCAGAGGUGGAGCUCAAAGGAGAAGGUGGAAAAUUCAAGAUGCCACAUCUCAGCAUGCCUUCUGUUGAUAUUUCACUUCCAAAAGGAAAGAUGGAAGGUCCAGAUGUUGAGAUGGAGGGAGGUACAGGAGGAAAAUUCAAAAUGCCUCACAUGAAAAUGCCCAACAUUGACCUUUCUCUGCCCAAAAGUAAAGUGGAAGGUCCAGAUGUUGACAUCUCUCUACCAAAAGGAAAGAUUGAAGGUCCAGAGGUGGAGCUCAAAGGAGAAGGUGGAAAAUUCAAGAUGCCACAUCUCAGCAUGCCCUCUGUUGAUAUUUCACUUCCAAAAGGAAAGAUCGAAGGUCCAGACGUUGAAAUGGAGGGAGGUGCAGGAGGAAAAUUCAGAAUGCCUCACAUGAAAAUGCCCAACAUUGACCUUUCUCUGCCCAAAGGAAAGAUGGAAAGUCCAGAUGUCGACAUCUCUCUGCCCAAAGGAAAAAUUGAAGGUCCAGAUGUUGAAAUAGAGGGAGGCACAGGAGGAAAAUUCAAAAUGCCUCACAUGAAAAUGCCCAACAUUGACCUUUCUCUGCCCAAAGGUAACAUUGAAGGUCCAGAUGUUGAAAUAGAGGGAGGUACAGGAGGAAAAUUCAAAAUGCCUCAAAUCAAAAUGCCCGAUUUUGACAUCUCUCUACCCAAAGGAAAGAUGGAAGGCCCAGAAGUUGAAAUAGAGGGAGGUACAGGAGGAAAGUUCAAAAUGCCUCACAUGAAAAUGCCCAACAUUGAAAUCUCUCUGCCCAAAGGAAAGAUGGAAGGUCCAGAUGUUGACAUCUCUCUGCCCAAAGGAAAAAUUGAAGGUCCAGAUGUUGAAAUGGAGGGAGGUGCAGGAGGAAAAUUCAAAAUGCCUCAGAUGAAAAUGCCUAACAUUGACCUUUCUCUGCCCAAAGGAAAGAUGGGAGGUCCAGAUGUCGACAUCUCUCUGCCCAAAGGAAAAAUUGAAGGUGCAGAUGUUGAAAUAGAGGGAGGCACAGGAGGAAAAUUCAAAAUGCCUCAAAUCAAAAUGCCCGAUUUUGACAUCUCUCUGCCGAAAGGAAAGAUCGAAGGCCCAGAAGUUGAAAUAGAGGGAGGUACAGGAGGAAAGUUCAAAAUGCCUCACAUGAAAAUGCCCAACAUUGACCUUUCUCUGCCCAAAGGAAAGAUGGAAGGUCCAGAUGUUGACAUCUCUCUGCCCAAAGGAAAAAUUGAAGGUCCAGAAGCUGAAAUAGAGGGAGGCACAGGAGGAAAAUUCAAAAUGCCUCACAUGAAAAUGCCCAAAAUUGACAUCUCUCUACCGAAAGGAAAGAUUGAGGGUCCAGAGGUGGAGCUCAAAGGCGAAGGUGGAAAAUUCAAGAUGCCACAUCUCAGCAUGCCCUCUGUUGAUAUUUCACUUCCAAAAGGAAAGAUGGAAGGUCCAGAUGUUGAGAUGGAGGGAGGUACAGGAGGAAAAUUCAAAAUGCCUCACAUGAAAAUGCCCAACAUUGACCUUUCUCUGCCCAAAAGUAAAGUGGAAGGUCCAGAUGUUGACAUCUCUCUACCAAAAGGAAAGAUUGAAGGUCCAGAGGUGGAGCUCAAAGGAGAAGGUGGAAAAUUCAAGAUGCCACAUCUCAGCAUGCCCUCUGUUGAUAUUUCACUUCCAAAAGGAAAGAUGGAAGGUCCAGAUGUUGAGAUGGAGGGAAGGAGAGGAGGAAAAUUCAAAAUGCCUCACAUGAAAAUGCCCAACAUUGACCUUUCUCUGCCCAAAGGUAAGAUGGAAGGUCCAGAUGUCGACAUCUCUCUACCAAAGGGAAAGAUGGAGGGUCCAGAGGUGGAGCUCAAAGGAGAAGGUGGAAAAUUCAAAAUGCCUCACAUGAAAAUGCCCAACAUUGACCUUUCUCUGCCCAAAAGAAAGAUCGAAGGUCCAGAAGUUGAAAUAGAGGGUGGUACAGGAGGAAAGUUCAAAAUGCCUCACAUGAAAAUGCCAGAUGUUGACAUCUCUCUGCCCAAAGGAAAAACUGAAGGUCCAAAUGUUGAAAUAGAGGGAGGCACAGGAGGAAAAUUCAAAAUGCCUCACAUGAAAAUGCCAGACAUCGACAUCUCUCUGCCCAAAGGAAAGAUUGAAAGUCCAGAUGUUGACAUCUCUCUAUCAAAAGGAGAGAUUGAAGGUCCAGAGGUGGAGCUCAAAGGAGAGGGUGGAAAAUUCAAAAUGCCUCAAAUGAAAAUGCCAGAUGUUGACAUCUCUCUGCCCAAAGGAAAGAUUGAAGGUCCAGAUGUUGACAUUUCUCUGCCCAAAGGAAAGAUCGGAGGUCCAGAAGCUGAAAUAGAGGGAAGUAGGGGUGGAAAAUUUAAAAUGCCCCACAUGAAAAUACCAAAUGUUGACAUCUCUCUGCCAAAAGGAAAGAUUGAAGGUCCAGAGGUGGAGCUCAAAGGAGAAGGUGGAAAAUUUACGAUGCCACACCUCAGCAUGCCCUCUGUUGAUAUUUCACUGCCCAAACCAAAGUUUGAAGGUCCAGAUGUUGAAAUGGAGGGAGGUACUGAGGGAAAGCUCAAAAUGCCUCAUUGGAAAAUGCCAGAUUUUGACAUCUCUCUGCCUAAAGGAAAACUUGAAGGCCCAGAGGUUGAAAUAGAGGCAGGUUCGGGAGAGAAAUACAAAAUGCCUCAUAUUAAAAUGCCACAUGUUGAUAUAUCUCUACCAGAAGGAAAAUCUGGUAUAAUUGAAGGAGCAGAGUUCGAGAUUGAGGGAAGCAAACCUAAAAUACCACACAUGACAAUGCCCUCAAUAGAUAUUUCACUGCCAAAAGGAAAGAUUGAAGGUCCUGCAGUUGAAAUUAAGGGUGAGAGAGGAAAGUUCAAGAUGCCAAAAGUUGACAUAUCUCUUCCUAAAGGAAAACCUUCAAUUGAAGGUCAAGAGGUAGAGAUUAAGGGAGAUCGGGGCCAGUUCAAGAUGCCUAAUGUGGGCAUAUCUAUCCCUAAAGGAAAAACAAAUACUGACAUACCAGAGGAGAAAGUGGACGCAGAGGGAGGAACCAUCAAGCUGCCACAUAUCAAGAUGCCAAAAGUUGAUAUUUCACUUCCUACAGGUAAAAUCAAAGAUAGUGAAUCACCUGCUAUAGAGAUGGAAGUCACAGGAGGAAAGUUCAAAGGUCCACAUGUUAAACUUCCAAAGGGGGGUAUAUCAGUGUUGAAGAAUAACUCAGGUGAAGCAGAGAUCAACUUACCAACCGUUGAGGCGGGAGGGAAAAUUAAAGUGCCACAAGAAGAAGCUGAUGUGCAUGUUGAGGGAGAGCGCAAAGGUCCCAAACUCAAGAUGCCAACAAUAGAUAUCAAAGGUCCAAAAGGAGACCUGGAGCUUGAUAUAGGACUUCAUAGAGGAGAUGGCAAGAAGAACAGGCAAAAAGUUGAGCUACCUGACUUGGAUCUCAACACAGCAGGAACCAGCAGCAAAGUAAAGGGGCCUAAAGUCAAAGGAACAAAAUUCAAGAUUGGAAUGCCAAAAAAGAAAACUGGCAUAGAUGUAACAGCAGAAGCAAAAAUAUGUAAAAACUGUGGCGAUGAGGAGUUAGGUGGUCAGGACAAACACAGAUGCAAGGGUAAAGAAAGAUUUGAGUACAAGGUUGAAGUUGAAACCCAUGACAGACAUAGAGAGAACAAAGAUCGUAUUAAUAUCCCAGUGUCAGAGGUUACAUUACCAAGUGUUGGUCUUAAAACCAAACAAAGCUCGGCUGAAUUAGGAACAGGGGGUGAGUGUGGCCUCUCCUCAUCUGGAGCAGAAAUCAAAGUCCCCAAGAUUCCAGACAUAGAAUUUGAUAUUGGUACAUCACAGAACGAAGAUGAGGACAGAACUGAAAAAGGCAAGAAAAUCAAAAUUCCUAAGUUUGGUGUCCCGUUACCCUCCAUCUCCUCUCCAGAGGGAAGAGUAGAUAUCUAUGGGCCAGAAAUUCAGUAUGAGGGCCCUAAAAUGCCCAAAGUAAAGAAAGCUGUCUUUGUCUUGGUAAAUCCACCUCAAACAGAUGAGGCCACUGCAUGCACGGGCCUCCCGGAAGAGGAGACAACAUAUAAGGCUGAAAAAGAGGAUGUCAAAAUGAAGAUGCCCAAAAUCAAAAUGAAGCCAAGUUUUGGGAAGUCCAAAGAUAAAUCAGCUGCUGUAAUCACAGAGAGUGAAUUGGAGGGAGAACAGACAGGAGGGAAGACGAAAAUGCCCAAAGUGUCAUUUUCUCCUGGCAAAUCAGGGUUGUUUGAUGUCACUCUAAAGGGUGAAGGUUCAAGUUCAAGUCUCAAUGGCGAAAAAGAUGCAAGUCUUCACAAGGGCUCCAAGGAUGAUAAAGGGACAUUCAGUGGCAAAAUCAAGCUUCCAAAGGUGGAGUUAACAUCUCCAUAUGGCAAAAUGGAGGACAAAGGGUUGAGUGUGAAACUGGGAAAGGAUUCAUCACCAGGUGAAGCAGAGGGGGACACUAAAGGGUUUAAAAAAUCAGGCAAGAUGGCCGCCACUGGUGUUAGUGAGGAGCUCUCAAAGGAUGUGGUGUCAUCUCAUGCCAGAACAGAUAUGCUGGACAGGGACAGCUCAGAGUCCCCCGCUAGUUUUACCAUGGAGUGCAGUUCUGCAAAGGUCCAGGCUUGGAGAGAGGUCGACAGCCAAAGCAGGGAGUCUGAAGAAAGAGAAUCUUCCUCCUGGUUCAAGGUCCCUAAGUUCUCCCUGAAGCCACACUCCACAGGUUUCCUCCAGAUAACCCCAGAAGGUUCUCCUCAGGCCCAGCGGAAGGGGGAGGUAGGAGGUGAGGUUGACGUCUCGGGGUCUUUCUGCCUCCACACCUCAGGGCUUGAUCUCUCUACCCAGGAAAUGUCCGAAGAGCAACAAGUCUCCUCCACCCAGGAGAGAACUGUCACCACGGUGACCAAGACCACCAGAAUUACCCGACACAUAGUAACCACUGAAGCGCGAACAGGUGAAUCUUCGCCAACCACGACAACAACUCACCAGGUGUCUGACUUCAAUUACUGAAGAUGCUGUAAUGAUAUCUUAAAUGUCUUUUAACCUUUUUGUUUUUCUUUGGUGAGGUUGCAGUGUUCUUGUAUGCUAAGCUUGCAACAUGGCAAACCUCAAUUAAGUAAAAGUCUUUAUUUUAUAUUUUAAUAGAUGAGGUAUGAAUGUGAUGCAAAAGAAUGACUUUUUAUCUAUUAGCAUCAUCGUCAUUAUAAAAGCAACAGAGUAAUAUAUGCUGCCUUUUUUUUCCAUUUUAAAUGUGACUAUUUUUGUUACUGUUAUUUGAGUUUUGUUAGUUUAGUCCUAAUUAUUUAUCAGAUUUUGUUUGGUUUAAAAGUUUUCACUCUGAAUGUAAACAUGUCACAUUACUUUAUUAUUUAUUGUUUGUGUGUUCAAAUUGCAUUGGAAAUGAGUCAUUUAGUCGCAUUAGCAUCAUGGAUUUGACCAUGAUUAGUUCAAAAUAAUACAUUUUGAACCGUUACAGUGCAGGCCAGAGUAAUAUUCAUGUAAAUACAACUAUAUCAUUGCUUUUUUGAAGCAGUAUCCCUUCAAUCCGAAAUGUAGUUAUUUUCAUAUUCACCAGAGUCAGGAGUAGAAAUGAUAUUUUUUGAUCUGUGUUUGUCUUGAAGGAAAAGUGUGAGCUUUUUGAGAUUAUAGGUUAUUCUCAUUUUCUGCCAUAGUUUUAUACUUUAAGCAUUUAGCUGGUGCUGUUACCCAGAGAUAGUCACAGUGAGUGAGCAGGAUACUCUGGACUCUUUUUUUUUGCUGUGGGGAUCAAAUCUGUGACCCUCUGGUUACAGGUUGCUCUCAAACAUUUACUGUAGCCCACCCUGCUGCUAAUCUAUUUUAUAUUUGUUUUUACUGUACACUGCCAGAAAAAGACACCGCUGUAUAUUCUGUGAUUGGGGCUUUAGCUUCAAGACACAACUCCUGACUGAAUUUUUGAAACUCAGCUGUGAAGUAUGUUGAGUUUCAAAACAUCAGCAGAGUGCUGGGAGGAAAUUUGUGGAUUGAGGGGUAUUGUUGGGCGCUUACAUGAAAUCAGGGAGAGGAGCUUUAAAGGUAAAACAUUUUCUCUUGAAACAUAGCCCUCUACAAUAUUACUAUCAGGCUGCUACAAUGACAGACUGGCUCAGGAGUGGUGAGCCUCAAUAUUGUACAAAAGCCAACAUGUAACAAAAUAUGCACUCUGAAAACCGAAGAGAGGAGCUCAAAAACAAGAGGACAAAGGCACCUUCUGAUUAAAAUGUCUUUGAUAAUCUGACAUUCUUGUGUUUAUUGUAUGAAUAUUACUGAUGAUGUUACAAAAUAAUGUUAGAUGCCAAAAUGUCAGAUUGAUAAAAGCAUUUUUAUUAAGUGCCUUUACCCCUUAUUUUUCAAAAAGUGUGUCCUCCAUUUAAAGUAUAAACUGCUUUGAAAUGGAGGGAGAAAAGCCUCUUGCUGUAUUUCAGAUAUUUAUUUUGUUGUCUCUAUAUUGAGACAUUUAAGUUUCAUUCCCAAAUGCAGAACCUCUCAUUUGAGAAAAAAACAUUUCUGGUAUUAAAUGAAAACAUACUUUUUAAAACUACUGAGGGUAUACACUACUCUUAGCCAUUACAAUUACCAUUUCACAGAUUACAAUCAUGUACUUUUUCAAAAUAACGAGCUACUUUUCAAGUGGAAGUAAAGCAUUUAAGAAUGGAGACUUUUAACUAAACUUGGUUUACUUUACUUGGUUGGUAGACAGAAUGACAACGUGUGAUAAAAUGCAUGAAGGAAUCCUGACAAAUCUUCUCCCACACUUUUUCCAUUAACAACAUUAACACUAUGCCUGUUUUAAAGAAGCGAUAUAGACAAUAGAUUUCUAAAAAGCCGAGAAGAGAUAGUGACACGUUAUGGUAACACACGCUGAGUAGCAUCUAUGUGUAUUGAGAUUUUUACCUUUCUUUUAAUCAAGUCUUCGAAUUUCUUUUCGAUUAUAAGGGUUUCAGUGCCAAGUGUUUUUGUCAAAGCUGCAAUGGAGAGAAUGUUGGUUACAAUGUUACAUCAAUAAAAUAAUAUUCACACAAAAAUCA